GCCCCUUCCCGAGGGCGGUGACCGGCACCGGGAGAAAGUUACCGGCGGGACCGACCCGCGGCAGCAGGUAUCUCUGGGCCUUCCCCAUGGCAGAGAAAUCGGAUUCCCGGGAUUCGGAGAGCAGUUGGGUGCUGGCGGGGGGCGAGGCUCUGCCUGUCACCACGGUGGGUCCGGAGCAGGAUUCGACCUCCCUCGGGGCUGAGGAUGAGGAUCUGGAGCAGGAGGAAGAGGAGGAUGGUUCCCAGGACACGGCCGUGACCACCAAGGAUGCAGCUGCCAUCCCUGAGGGCUCUGGGCUGGGGGAGCAGGAGGAGCAUCGGGACCCCCAGGAUGGGGCUGUGCCCGCUCCAGAUGGCCCCUCAGAGCCUGGUGUGCCAGAUGUCCAGGAGAAGGAGGAGUCCGAGGCUGAGCUGGGACCCUCCACUGGCACCCCCAAAGCAGGUCAGACCCUCACAGGGCCCGGGGGGUCCCGUGCUGGCAGUGCCAGGGUGCAGACCCUCCCUGGAAGUCCCUCCCCAGGGCCACCAACGGAGGAGGGGAGCUGCACCAGCAGUGACGAUGACACCGAGGGGCUGCAGCGACGGCAGGGCCAAAAGCCCCGGCCCAGGCCCCUCCAUCCCGGGACUGUCCCACACCAGGGGACCCUGGAUACUGGUGUUGAGGAUGGGCUCAACGUGAGCAAGUUCCUGCUGGGUGCCUUGGCACUGGUGGCUGUGGGGCUGCUGAUUGUCACUGGUGGUAUCUAUGACCCAGUGGAUGGUCCCGUGGAGAACGUGGUGAGCCGGGACGUGGCAGCCGGGGAACAGGAGUGGCCGCUGCCCCCUGACAGCAACGACUCGCAGCAGAAGCCCCCCGUGUUUGACACGGGGGACCCCCAGAACCUCCAGUCCCUCAACCUGCUCCUGGACAAGCUGGCCAAGGAGAACCAGGAGAUCCGGCUGAUGCAGGCUGAGCUGCAGGCCCACAGAGAUGAGCUGCAGGCCCUGCUGCAGAGGAGCCAGGGGGAGGUGGCAGCAGCCGGGGCGCAGCGCCAGAGCCUGGCGGCGGAGAACGCGCGGCUGCACGCGGCGCUGGAGCGGGAAAGCACCGCGCUCCGCGAUGCCCGCGACGAGAUCCAGCGCCUCCGGGGUCCAGGGGCACCGGGCAACCCUGGGAGCAGGGAGCCGGUGACGGAGAAGCCCCCCGGUACCCCAGCCCACCGGGAGGGUUCCCGGUGGCACCUGGAUUCGGUGCGUCAGGAGCUGAUGGGGGCCCUGGAGCGGGCGCGGAGAACCGGGGGUCUGGAGGGACUGAUGGAGGAGCUGAGUGCCCUGGAAAAACGUCUGAGCCAGGAGCUGGAGGAGGCCGAGUCCUUCCCAGGGCACUGGAAGAAGCCGUACAAGGCGGAAAAGAAGGAGAGCAAACGGUACAAGCGGCACGGGUCCGAGGAGGAGAGGAAGGAGCAGAGCAAAGCCCACGGGAAGGACCCCCGCCCCCCCCGCGAGCAGAAAGCAGGCAAAACCUGGGGGAAAUCGUACCACGGCCCCCCCCGUGAGCUGCCACCGCUCAGCCGGUACCGGGUGCCCCAGGGUUGCUCCGGGGUGGUCGACUGCGCCCACAAAGAGGGUCGGGAGGUGUUGGGGACCGCGCUGGAGCCGGUGCAGAAGGGGCCGUUCCUGCGGCUGCUGGAGGAGUUCAUGGGGCGGCUGGGCUGGGGGGGACAUUUCGGGGGACUAGCGGCGCAGCUGGGGGGUUUCUUCGGUCCCGAUGGCGCCUUCACCCACGACCGCCUGCGCUUCGUGGACUUCGUGGAGGACGUGGAGGAUCUGCUGGAGGACGUGGCGAGGCGGGAGCGGGGCGACAAGGAGGCGGCCGAUGACUUCGAGGAGUUCGUGCUGCGGCACUAUGGCGGGGACCGAGGCAGCACUGGGAAGGAGCGGGGCUCAAGACCCCCCCGGCAGCAUCGCAGGGGCGGGUAAAGCCAGGGCAGCCCCCCCACUGCAAACCUGCACCCCCAGCCCCCGGGCAGGGGGUCCCCACCUGCUAGUUGUAGGGGGCCGGGGGGCUGCUCUGGGCCCCCCCCGACCAACGGCUGUGCAGCACUAAGGUGUCCCCCCCCAUCCCAGAUGCACUGUGUGACACUGCACGGCCCCCACGCAAUAAAGUCACCGCUGGGCAGA